ACCCGACCCGGAACCUCGUCCCGACCCGGACCCCUGGACCGACCCGACCCGGUCCCUCGUCCUGACCCGGACCCUCGUUCCGGUCCCUCGUCCCGACCCGGUCCCUCGUCCCGACCCGACCCGGACCCUCGUUCCGGUCACUCGUCCCGACCCGACACGGACCCUCGUUCCGGACCCUCGUCCCGACCCGGUCCCUCGUCCCGACCCGACCCGGACCCUCGUUCCGGUCCCUCGUCCCGACCCGACCCGGACCCUCGUCCCGUCCCGGACCCCUGGACCGUCAUGGCCUCUUCGCCCCAGAAGUCUCCGUCCUCUCCGAAGUCCCCGACGCCCAAGUCUCCGUCGUCCAGGAAGAAGGACGACUCGUUCCUCGGGAAACUCGGAGGAACUUUGGCGAGAAGGAAGAAGGCGAAAGAAGUGUCGGAGCUUCAGGAAGAAGGAAUCAACGCCAUCAACCUUCCUCUCAGCCCCUCCCACUAUGAGCUGGACCCCGAGGACACGAUGCUCGAGGAGAAUGAAGUCCGGACCAUGGUCGACCCCAACUCCAAGAACGACCGCAAACUGCAGGAGCUCAUGAAGGUGUUGAUCGACUGGAUCAACGACGUCCUGGUGGGGGAGCGGAUCAUCGUGAAGGAUCUGGCCGAGGACCUGUACGACGGGCAGGUUCUGCAGAAGCUGUUUGAAAAGCUGGAGGGCGAGAAGCUGAACGUGGCCGAGGUGACGCAGUCGGAGAUCGCCCAGAAACAGAAGCUGCAGACGGUCCUGGAGCGAAUCAACGACUCGCUCAAGCUCUCCACCAGGAACAUCCGCUGGAACGUGGACUCGGUUCACGCCAAGAGCAUCGUCGCCAUCCUGCACCUGCUGGUGGCGCUGUCGCAGCACUUCAGAGCACCAAUCAGAUUGCCCGACCACGUCUCCAUUCAAGUCGUCGUGGUCCAGAAAAGAGAGGGAAUCCUUCAGUCCAGACAAAUUCAAGAGGAAAUCACCGGCAACACAGAGGCCUUCUCUGGCAGACACGAGCGCGACGCCUUCGACACGCUGUUCGACCACGCUCCGGACAAACUCAACGUGGUCAAAAAGACAUUGAUCACAUUCGUGAACAAACACCUGAACAAGCUCAACCUCGAGGUGUCAGAGUUGGACACACAGUUUGCAGACGGGGUUUACCUGGUGUUGCUGAUGGGGCUGCUGGAGGGAUACUUUGUGCCGCUCUACAACUUCUUCCUCACUCCAGAGAAUUUUGACCAAAAGGUCCACAACGUGUCCUUCUCCUUCGAGCUGAUGCAGGACGGCGGUCUGGAGAGACCCAAGCCCCGACCAGAGGAUAUCGUGAACUGCGACCUUAAAUCGACACUGCGCGUCCUCUACAACCUCUUCACCAGGUACAGGAACGUCGACUGAGCGCCACACGCAGCCCGGUGGGGGGGGGAGCCUUUUCUACAUGGACCACAUGCUUAAGAUUAACAACACUGUUUGUAAUUACUUCCGUUUGUUGGACAAACCUGUUUUUUGUCUGAAUGCAUGCGUCACAUGUUGUAUCUGUUGAGCAAAGUACCACACACACAUCUGUAUUAGUGGUUUUCUUUUUUACAAGAUUUUGGGCAUCACUGCACCGUCCCUACAGAAGUCUAUGAACUACAUAAAAAGGCCGAUAUUAAUGUUAAUUAGAGUCAUGAAAAAUAAUUAGUUUCCCUCAAUCGAUAUCACAAAGGAGAGAUUUUAGAUGAGCAAUACGUUUAUGUUUUUUAAUUCAGAAAAGAAAAUGUCUGCCUGUAUUUAUUGUUCAUUUUGAUAAACACGGUCUUUCUUAACUUUUCCUUAUCUCUGCUCAUAUUAAUUCAUAAAAGUGCCUUUAUUAACGAGGUCCUAAUACUUAAUAUUUGGAAUACGUGUUGCUCCCCACUCGUCUUAACGCUCCACGUUUCCUUUGUGAAUGUGUGGAGCAUUUGACAUAUUUUGACCAAAGCGCUGUUUUUUAUUAACUCUAACAGUUUAGAGGCUUCACGAAGCAGCAACUCUACUUCUUGUAUUUGUAUUUUUUAUAGUGUAAUGCUUGUGUUAUUUUAAAAUGAGAUGCAUCGGAGUCGCAUAAUCACUCGGCUGUUUGUGGUUCAAUACUUUGUAUAAGAUUUCACUCCUUUCAGCAGGACAAAUGAAAUUUGACUGAAUAUAUCAAUUCACUGUCACGUCGUGGUAACUGUCCGUGGCUCGGGCUGCCGACACAUGUACCCAUUUAUGUUUUAACACAGUACAUUCAAUAAAUUGUUCCGUUCCUGAA